AGAGAGAGAGAGAGAGAGAGAGAGAGAGAGAGAGAGAGAGAGAGAGAGAGCACCCACCCCUGCCGUUUGGCUUGUCUCCAUGUGCCGAGGACCCUGGGAAUGAAUGACGGCCGGGCCCUGUCUUUCUUUGAAGCUAGUCAGGAAUGCGAGGGCCCUCUCUUUCUCUUUUUUUUCUCCUUUUUUUUGUGCUCAGACGGCACAAGAUAUCUGCAGUGAAAUAUUCCCUUCGUUGAGCUCAUUGUGCGAGGGCCAGGAGGACGUCAGAGGCAGCCAGGGUCCAGGCAAGGGGGAAGAGGACACGCUGGAAGUCUCCUCUGAUUUCACCUCCUGUGUAUUUCUUUUGGGCCCUGCUUUCUGUACACAAUGAGAUGUAUACACAGACUCCUGCUUGAUCUAGAUGUGUGUUGCCCACUUGGAACUUCCCCCCUCCUCUUUCUCUGGAAUGAAAUGUUUGAAUUUGAACUUUUCACGGGAUUUCGGAAUCGGUGACGUCAUCGCCGCGAAAAUGACCUGAGUGCCCAGAGUGAACCGAGACAGAUGGCUGAAUGUAUCAGAGAGUCUCCCCUUCCACCUGCACGGUCCCCGCCUCCGUAGCCACACCCAGAUGGAUUCCUACAACUUCCACUUUGAGAGGAUGAACAACCUGGACCUGCACCCCCUGAGCCUGCCCGUCAGCCGGCUCUCGCCCGCCAAGUCCAGCAGCAGCAUCGACCAGUUCACCCACCACCACCACGGCAAAGGAGACUCCGCCUACAGCUCGUUCUCGGGAGGCUCGAACGCCCCCGACUACCCCUCUCCUUUCCUCCCAGACGACCUCCAGCCGGGCAGCUACCACCACUACGCCGACCUCAAGUAUGUAAAAGCCAUCUACAACCCCGGCCAGGCGCUCCAGUCCGACGCCAGGAGCAUGGAUCAGCUCUAUCGCUCGGUGGAGGCCAUCUCGAAGCAGUACCGCCACGGGGGCGACCACAACGACAACAGCAGCGAUGGCUUCCUCGGUAAACAGUACUGCAACCAGGACGAACCCUCCCGGGCACCUCCGCCGCUUCCCCCCCCUCCUCCGCCAGCCCGCCUGGACAGCUACAUCACCACCAGGAACCUGGAGAACAGCAGGGUCCAUCAUGGUCCCGAGGGCCAGCAAGGCCCCCAGGCCCAGCGACAGGCUCAGAGAGGCCAGACGGCUAAUCCAGAGGCGGGCUGUCUCAGGUCUGACCUAGUCUACGCUUGGCAAGGCUCUGAACCCUACCACAGAGACCCAUUGAACCCAGACAACACGGAUAAGAGCUCUGAGCAGCAGAAGUCAGCAAACAUCUUAAGCCGAUCGCCUCCUCGAGGCACAAGUCAGCCUGAGCACCCGAAACAUAAACAACAGACCAGUGGCGGCGGCGGCGGCCAUUUUGAGGCCGAUCGCAAGAAGGUGUACGUGAACCACAGGUCGCUGUUGCAGGAGUCGGUUAGCCCGUGGCACGUGGCUCAGAACCUGAUCAACAGCAGCAUCCAACACAAGGGCCAGUUCUACUUUGUCACCGGCGUGUCGUCGGAGUCUGGUCUGAGGAACGUGUCUCCCUGUGUGUCUGAAGCAGGGAGCGGGGGCUCCACUGUGGUGGAAAUCCACAGGCUGGUGGAGAAAGAGAAGGAGAGGGAACGUUUGCACAGCACCCCUGACAAUAAUCCGCUCAGGAACCCCCACCAGAGACACCCGACCAGUCCAGACAGCACCACUGAAGAGCUGGAGCAUCUCACUAACACACAGAGCCAAGACGAGGAGCACUCUGGUUCUCCAAACUCACUGGUCUCUCGUAGCUUCGAUGCUUCAGAGCCCAGCCUUAAAAGCCAGGGUAGGGACAGAAGCAGGCACAACAGCAGCCACCCCAUCUUCUACUGUGGCCCAGAGGACAACUCCCCACCACCAUCCACCCUCCCAAACCCCUCCCACAUUCAGGAGAUGGCCCCGCCCCCAGUAGCGGAGCAGCCCAAUCAGCACACGAGAGAGGAUCAGGGCAAGAAAGGGAGGAGACAUACGGCGGGAGAUGUGGCGAGUGAUAGGAUCAACAAGGAAACCACUCCUCUCCUGUACCACCUGACUGGAGCAAGCAGGGUGGCCCUCAAGCCCAAAAAGGACAGCCAGGCAUCUGUGACGGGUAGCGACAGACCACAGGGGGAGGUGCCAAAGGAGGAGAGAGGAGUGGUCGGCUCCAACCCCUGCAACACCCUGGACGACUCCUUCAAGAAGUACUACAAGGAGAAGCUGAAGGACGCCCAGCCCAAGGUCCUCAGGGAGACCUCUUUCAAGAGGAGGGACCUUCAGCUGUCCUGGCCCCACAGAGUCAGACCGAGACCGGAGCUCAGGCCCACCGUGCUCCACUCCGACACCUCCCCACAGGACUCGGAAACGUCCGCAAACACCUUCCCUCCGCCUCUCGCCCACGCUGAGGGGACGGAGAGGGUGGCAGCGAGGGAGGAGGUGACAGAGCCAGAGAGGGAGAGCGUGAAGGAGGCCAAGAAGGAGAACGCGAGGCCCGUGAACGUGGCCCAGCCGCAGGUGGCUCGUAUCGGAGGCAGGAAGCGCCUGACUCAGGAGCAGAAGAAGCUCUGCUACUCGGAACCGGAGAACCUCAACCAGCUCGGAGACGGCCCCUCCCACGCCGCCUGCCGCUCCCUGGGAAAUGAGAGGGAGGGCCUUCUGUCAGGGCAGGAGGAGCACGGAGAGCAGGGAUUGGUGGCUGCCAGGAGACAGAUGUUUGAGACCAGAGGAAGGGCCCUAUCAGCAUCCAGCAUUUCCAAGAGCACCCUGAAGCACCUCCAGCACACAGCCCUGGUGGCUUACAUGGAGCGCAAGACAGGCCAAAAGGUGGCAGAGCCCCAGCAGCCAGCCCCCCAAGUCCCAACCGCCCCCAGCCAGAGGCACUCCACAGCGGGGAAGCCGUCCGACUGGUGCCCCAGGCCUCAGGAUUCUGGGAGUAAAUGCCCCAAGAAGACCCUCCAGAGGCCCCUCUCCGCAGGCCGCAUCCUGGACUCCUCCUCCAGCUCCAUCAGGUAUGCACAGUUCAGCUCCGCCCAGUCCAGCUCUGGCCAAUCAAGUAGCCCCUCCCACCUGUCCAGUUGGAGAGACAAGCCCAGCCCACCUCAGGGCAUGUCUGCCUCAGUGGAGAGUCUACUAGACCAGCCGGAAGCACCUGAGUUCUUCAGAAACAGAUCCACCUCAAUCCCACACAUAUUCCAGAAUCCAAACCGUGUGAAUGAUCCCUCACCGGUGAACUCUGUAGAGAUCUCCAGCCUCCAGAGAACAGCAGAAGAGGAAGUGUUGCCGAGGCCAGGCCAGGUGCCGGCGGCCCCUCCAGCGGCUCAGAGGAUCAGGGUGACGGCUCCGAGGGGCAAGUCCAUGGAGGAGCUGGGGAUCUCCCAGGUCACCAGGCCCUCCGUCCUCAGCCAGAGCUCCGAGCAGCUGGACCUCUACCAGAGCAGGCCCUCCGGACCAGGCCAGGAGAAGGCGUUCUCGAGAGGGGAAGCGGAACAGACCACGCAGCGACCGGAAAAGAUCCAUCAUGGGAGAGAACACGCCCAGACCCAGAGGAAGCCCCUCUUCAAGCAGCAUUCUGCGCCGCAGUUCUGCAACGAGGACAAACCUCUUUCAGUGACCAGAGAAACCAGGAACUCCAGCAGGUCCACCUCGCCCUCAUCCAGUGCCUCCUCUCGGACCAGAGCCCACUCCGACUCUCCUAGAUGGAGUGGCUCGGGCCCUGCCAUAUUAGCCGACAAAGCGACCACAGGGCCUCCCAGCGAGGCUGCGGUCCCACCAACCUCAAGAGGCCAGGAGCCCAGUGAGAACGAGGUCGAGGCCUCUUCUCCUGUCCCGUCUAACUAUCAUCACCAUCAUCGGGUGCCCUCUGAGAGCAAGCCCUGCCCUAGCAGACUGAGGAUGACCCCGUCUUUGACCACCGAGGGGAGAGAAGAGUCUGUGGACGAGCCCAGCGAGACUCCUCCCCCCGACACCAAACAGGAAGUGUCUCUAAGCUGCGGCGUCACCACAGACCCCUCUCUGUGGAUCGUCCUGCCGGAGCCAGGGAGCUCCAGCACGGAGGACGAGGAGGCCCCUCCCCUGUCUGACAGAGCGGCGGAGGGAGAGUCCUCCCUCCCAGCCCCUGCAGAGCAGGGUAGCGAACCCCCUACGCCCUCCACCCCUCCAGCCCCUGACACGGACACCUGCCAGAGUGCCGAGGGAGAGGUAGAGGCCGAGGAAGAGGCGGAGCACCACGGGGUUGACGCCAAGGAGGAGAGGGAAGAGGAGAGUCCUGAGGGAGAGAUGGAAAACCCGGAGAAGACUCCGGCUGCGGAGGUGCCGAGGUGGGCGGAGCUUGUGGAAGAAGUGGUCACCGCCGACCAAUCGCUGGCCCAGGUUCUGUACCCGUUGACCAAUCGAAAGACGGCCUUGAUGCUCAUGGAGCAGUUGCUGUCGGAGGACACUCUUCUGAUGGAGGAGCACUAUAAGAAGAAGCAAGAGAAGAAAGAGGCGGGAGACAGCUCUGGAACAGUGGAUGAUGUUCUGCCGCCUCCUUCCUCCUCCCCCUCUCCCGACAAGAUCUCCCAGCCUGAGCCUAAGGUUCAGGACCAGACUGACAUCCCAGAGAAGAAGCGUCAGUUGAUGGCCCGCAUCGAGGAGCGCCUGCAUGGCCUGGAGGAGGGCCGGGAGGCCCUGCAGCUGGAGCUGGAGGAGAACGGGCUGCGGGGCCGGGCGGUCGAGGCCCUGGUCCAGGAGCGCUGUCAGCCCAUGGAGAUGGAGAGGUACACCCUCUUCAUAGGGGACCUGGAGAAGGUGGUCAGCCUGCUGCUGUGCCUCUCCGCCAGGCUGGCCCGCGUCCAGAACGCCCUCAGCACCGUGGAUGAACACACCGACGCCGAGGAGAAGCAAUCUCUGGACAACCGUCACCGCCUGCUGUGCAAACAGAGGGACGACGCCAAAGACCUGAAGGACAACCUGGACCGGCGGGAGAACCUGGUGUCCUCCUUCCUGUCUCGCCAGCUGAGCUCGGAGCAGCUCCUGGACUACCGGCGCUUCGUCCAGACCAAGGCGUCGCUCCUGAUCCGCCAGAAGGACUUGGAGGAGAGGCAGCGUCUGGGGGAGGAGCAGCUGGAGGCUCUCUUCAACAGCCUGCCUCCAUAAGGGGCUGCUGGAGCUCUGGAGGCCCCCUCUCUGCUGGAGCAUCAGGGCCCCAGGACCAAGCCACACCGUCCUCGACUCAAGUAGCGUCCUGACCUCCCCGUACUACAUGUCAAGUCUGGGCUGCCUAGUCCCAGAGUUUGGUCCCUCCAUUUUCUGCUUCCCCUCACCUGUGAGGAUCUUCUUACCCAUAACCCCCCCCCCCCCUCCCCCCAGCCCCUACUCUCUCUCAGCGCUCUGCCCCAGCCGUCCAUCAACUUCCUGGCCUCUUGUUGAGCCCUGGUCAGCCUCCCUCACCACAAAUCUCCAGCACAAUCACAUGGAUCUCUGGAGACAAUAGAUUCCAUCUUUUCAUGUUGACUGUAUAUGUACAUUAGAAGGACUGUGUACGUGUGCCUUUUAAAGGGUGUUGACGUGGAUUAUUUUCAGUGUGGACAUAAAUGUUAACAAUUUUUUUUUCACUGGAUUUUCUGUCCAUGUUUUCCCUCUCAUAACAUACCUUACCCUGCAACUCUGGAAACCCAUAUAAGCUUUAAGAUUGUAUUGUGGCCUAACGGUAGUUUUGCUCACCAACAUGUAUUUUAUUCCCAGUUUGGUGAGGGAGACUAGCCAGAGAAGAGGGUGCUAUGUAUUCUGUUUAUGUCAUUCGAAAUGGAUUAAAACAUUUGUUUUAAUUUUGGACGCAUUUUUUUUUAUGAAGGCACUACAUAGAGACCAAAAAGGUGAAUGAAAAAAGCACUUUGAUAUUUAAACAUGCACAUGCAUUUCUGUUGUAUUUCCAAGCUAAAAUUUUUAACUCAAGGCCUUAAUCAAUCCAAUGUACCCAAUGUUCCUUUUUUCUAUUGAUCUGGUAUGAGAAGUGGUACAUAAGCACAAUCAACAGUAUGAAUCAUGUUUUCGUUUAUUUCUUCGUUUUGGGGGGCUCAUCAUUACCUAUUAUGUCUAAUGCUAUUUAAUUCUGACAAAGUUCUGCAUACAAAAGCAGCAAACCUCUUAAAAUGAGACUAUUAACGGAAACAUUUCUAUGACAGAUUAUAUGUUCAUCAUAUCCUUUCCAUUUAAAAAUCUACUUGAAAUUAGGAUUAAAAUCAAGAACUUCACUGCAGGUGUCUUAAUUCUGUAUUUGUUGUCUACCUCUUUUAGCUAUAUCCUUUCUGAAGCCUUCAUCAGUAGAGAUGGUGAAUCUAACUUUGAGAAUAGAAUUCCUGUCUUGGAAAUCUCAACAUUUCCCCAGGAAAAGCCCUCAUAAAAUAUUCUGCUGAUUUGUUGAUAAUUCUGUAUGUGGAACUGCAAACCUUCUUAACUUCAAAAUAUGUCUUUCCUUCGUAAGAACGAUGAGGCAUUAUGUGAUCUGUUUUCCGUUUUGCUAUUAUACACAGUAAAUGUACAUUUUGUUAUUCAGUCGAAUUUGACCAUUGUUGUUUAUGCUGAAAAACUCCAUUGUGAAUGUGUGUUGUGUGGAAGGAUCAGUAUGUGAAAAAGGCAAGCCCUUUUCUGUUCUGUAAUACUAACGGCUGCCUUUUGUCUGCUGUGGGUCAUGUGGUGCUUGUUUGGGGUACAACAAUCAUUGUAUUAAUUUACAACUAUCUGCUCACUUUGUUAUUACAUCACCAUGGAUGGAUGUGCUCAUGUACUGAAAUAUUUUCACAAAUUUUGUGGAUUUGGAUAAAAACACAAGAAUUGUGCAGACAGUGUGUAUUGUCAGCUCAACAAAUGAGAGUGUCCUGCCAUGAAAUCCGACGGAAGAUUUCAUAAUACAUUUCGCUUCAUUAUACAAAUCUCCAAACUCAUAAAUAUUUAAUGUUUGCUGUAAAACAGCUCACCCUAAACAUUUCUCUGGAGAUUUAGACCUCGUGUCCAUUUCAGUUUGCUCAACAAAUGUCUGUUUGUUUUGGCAUUAGUUCUUAGAGCAGCAUGUAAAGUUAGGAGCGUUGGACCCUUGAUGCCUCAGAGACUGGCUGUUGUUCCUAUGGCCUGGAGGCACACCAAACACCAAUACACUGAGGCGGGUUAUUACCAACAAAGGAGCACAUUCCUGCUUUCAUCAUAAUUUCCUGUUAUGUAUAUCUAUUGUGUCAUUUAUCACAUCUUCUGUCAAAACCUGUUUGGUCGAGACAAAUCACAGAACGGGGUUGUUUUGAAAUGGAAUUCGAUUGUUUAUUUAGUCGGGGUGGGAAUUUGUGAAUGGCAUGCUGAUAUUGAGAGAACCAAGUGAAGAAUGCCUGUUUUGGGUUUCAAUCAAUCCCAGGCUUGGGAUACAGCAAUAUGGAUGUUUCAAAAUUUGAACUUACUUUUACUAUCUUACUGUAUUGUAGCUCAUGUGUAGUUUGUUGAGAGUGUGCUCAAGUGUUUUGCUUGGAGUUUUUAAUUCCAUGUCAUAUUGUGAAUAAAUUAAAGUUUCUUCACUU